GGCCUUCUCAAUAGUCACCUUGGCGAAUGACAGACGUGCUUCACUUGAACUCUAUGUUGUCCUGAAGCGUCUCAGUUCUUAUCGGAUAAAGAGGCACAGUUUACCGUAUCGCCUCUGCCCCCAUAAUCAAUGACUGGAUAUCGUGGGUGUUCUUCUUUUGAUCCGAUUCAACCCCUUUUAGCAACGGGCAUUCAUCGCCCAUAAUCUUGAGCGAUCGUUCGUAAUCAAGGUGUAAUUCAUGCGGGUGCAUGCCUGAUUGGCACGAUCGAUCGAGGAUUCAGGCGUCCAAGGUUGCUCUUGCCAGCCAGCCUUCCCCUCCCUCUUUGUAUGCAUGCAUGAUUGCUAUGCUAGAUAGAAGGGCCGGAUUGAUCGUCGAUUGCUUGUUCACUGAAUGACCUCGUAGUUCUCCAUGACCUCCUUGAACUUGCUCACGGCGCCUGGCUCGAAAAAAGUGGCCAUGGCCCGGUCCCCGGGGCUGCGGGCAUACGCUUUCCGCGUGUUGGCCCUGGUGAUCUUUCUAUUCACCUUGUGGUUACUGUACUCGCAUCUGGGCCACCAUGGAGCCCAUCAAGCCCUACCCCAUGGCAAUCAGAGUGGAAAAGUGGUAGUGGAGGUCUACUAUGAGGUCCUAUGUCCGGACAGCCGAUAUUUCAUCCUGAAACAACUUUAUCCCACGUGGCAGCGAGUGGGUUCUAUCAUGGAUAUCCAGUACAAACCGUACGGCAAAGCCUCGCAUCGCGCUAGCGAUGGUGGGUAUAUGUUUCAAUGCCAACACGGUCCUAAUGAAUGCCAAGGGAACAUGAUCCAUACGUGUGCCAUGCAUUACAUUCCGGAGUCCACCAAGCUUACGGAAUACAUCCAUUGCAUGAUGGGCGACAACUACGAUCCCAUGCAAGCCGGGAGAAACUGCGCUAGUCAACUGGAGAUCGAAUGGAGUCCCAUUGAGGCUUGCGCCUCUGGGAAAGAAGGUCAGAAGAUGUUGGCCGUGGUGGGGGAUGAUACCCACUCGUUGAGGCCUCGAGUGUCUUUCAUUCCAACCAUUGUCCUCAAUGGGAGUCAAGACAAUCAAAAGAUGAUGCUGAAAAACCUGCUCAAGGAAGUCUGUCGAAAAUAUCAGGGAGUCAAACCAAAAGAGUGUAUCGAAACGCUGUGAGUGCCCGGUGCUUGCCCGGUGAUUGGCCACAAACUGAAGAAGUCGAAUUUGAUCACAGAGGGACCUGCUUUCCGUGGUAGCAUCUCAAACGAUCACAGACCAGUCACAAGACACGAGAUUUUUAAUGACCAAACCUGGUGCUCGUGUAUUUUACCCAAUCUUUUUCCUUGCUUGUUGUUCUGUCGGUUUAUCUAAUUAUAUGCCUGAGCGUAGAAAGAGAA